CUCUGGCAUCCCUGGAGAGCACGCUCGGAUCGAGUCAGCGCAGCAGAGCGCUCCAGACGUUUGCCUUCAGCACCGGCAGUACCUGCGCAGAGCACGCGCCGUUUCGGUGUCCAUCCUUCCACCGCUUGAAAAAAAGCCGAAUAGGAUAAGAUGUGGGGUGGUGGCUUAGUUACAACCCUCUGUAUGAUUUUAAACUAGAAGCGCAAGCGCUGAUGUGAAGUUUCAUGCCGCUCUCCGUUGAGUUGAGAUGAAGAUCUGAGAGACGCAGCAAGAGAGGAACUUUGCGUCGCCUUGCACCCGGACGCCCUCCGGGUACAUCGAGCGCUUUUAGAGGAUUGGAAUUGUCUUAUCUGCAUUUGAGGUUUACCAACUCUCUCUCUGCAGGGGUAGAAAAUAGGGGGGUUAUAUUUGGUUCGGAUUGUUGAAUCCUCUUCGGUUCUUGGAAGGAAUAACUAAUAUAAUGGAAUGGCAAUGAGACCCCUCUCUGCUCGGCUAUAACCUGGACCACCGCACCAACAGUAUGCAGGAGCGGGCAGUACAGAGGGCAUGUGCAUGGCUCUUGCUGGUGUUUUUGACCCUUCUAUCUCUCUGGGGUCAUCUGUCUGAUGCCUCCUCACACCGCAGUCACAUCGUGCACGUGAAGGCUGGCACAUGUGAGGUGAUUGCAGCCCAUCGCUGCUGUAACAAAAACAAGAUUGAGGAGAGAUCACAGACGGUGAAGUGCUCCUGCUUCCCUGGACAGGUUGCUGGGACGACAUGGGCUGCACCCUCCUGCGUGGAUGCAUCUAUAGUAGCUCAGAAGUGGUGGUGUCAGAUGCAGCCAUGUUUGGAUGGUGAAGAGUGUAAAGUUCUGCCUGAUCUCACAGGCUGGAGUUGCAGCACAGGCAACAAAGUGAAGACCACCAAGGUGACCCGAUAGUUCUGUCCUCACUUCUGCGACAGCAUAGGACCCAAAUUACUGGGACAAAAGAACUUAAAAUGAAGAAAAGUGGAGUAACUAAAAGCAGACUGAGAGACUGCAUUGAACUUCAGCUAAGGAUUAAUCAGCAUCAUACAUACAGAGAGUAUACACCAUAAAACGACUGAGGAUCAGACUGAUGUCUCUAGACCUGUAUCCACCAUAAAAAUUAGGAACAUCCUAAAUUUCAUGUGUCCUCUUCAAUGGACCCCCUGGCCUUCUGGACAUCUGUCUUCUUGGAGUUGAUCUAUAUACACUGGAAUGUGUUGGCUGGGGGGUCUUCAGUGUAUGCUGUUGUUUUUUUGUUUAGUUUUUUACUGAAGUUUGGAUCAUACAACCCAGGACAACCCAAAUGGAGUUGAAAUCUCUACAGUGUCAUCAAUGCAUCUCUUGGUCUCUGACUCUUUCCUCAUCCUUCAAUUCUUCUUUUCACAAUUCAAUAAUCAUUCCUGCUCUGCCUGAUCAGAAGGCCCAAUAAUUUCUUCGCUUUGUGGAAUCUUUAUCCUUUAAACAGCAUUUAAACAUGACAACUCAAUCUGGACCUUACUGACUAAUCUUCUUUAUAUUGUUUGUUUCUAAACUAAAGCUUUUCAUCCCCAGAGUCUGAAGUAACAGAGAUUAGAUG